AUGGACCUCAACAACCUGUCAGCAAACUGGAAGAAGCUGCAAGCGACGCUCAACAACAGGACAGGCAGCUCCUCCACAAAGUCCUUGUCAAAGCAUGGAGUGAAACGCAAACGCGAAGACGUCCAGAAUAUCGCGUCCAAAUCCCCCGCAGAACCCCCCCAAACUAGGAAGGGACCACUCAUCCACAAGGCCAUGGCUCUCGAUGGCGACCAUUCUACGAGACCAUCGUCGAUCCGAGAACUAGAAAAUCGCGACAACCUUCCUCGUCCACGGCCUCCUCGUGAGCUAUCGCAGAAGGUAAACGCGGGGCUGUCUCCCGAGGUAGAAAUCGGCAGGUAUGUCGCCCUGGAUUGCGAGAUGGUCGGAGUUGGCCCGAACCCAGAGAGGGAAUCCGCACUCGCUCGUGUCAGCAUCGUCAAUUACAAUGGCGACCAAAUCUACGAUUCCUACGUUCUUCCACUUGAGACCGUCACGGACUACCGAACGCAUAUUAGUGGAAUAUCACACAAUCACAUGAAGACUGCCAGACAAUUCAAGGAGGUACAAGUGGAAGUGGCAAAGAUCCUAAAGGACAGGGUUAUAGUUGGCCACGCCAUACGGCAUGAUCUAGAAGCAUUGAUGAUCGGCCAUCCUCAACGAGAUGUUCGGGAUACAGCUCGCCAUCCACCCUAUCGAAAAAUAGCAGGAGGUGGAUCACCACGACUGAAAAUCCUUGCUUCUGAAUUGCUAGGUUUUGAGAUCCAGCAGAGUGAACAUUCAAGUGUCGAAGAUGCCCAGGCUUGCAUGCUACUGUUCAGAAAAGACAAAGCUGCUUUUGAACGAGAACAUUCCAAGCGAUGGCCGGCACAACCUCCUCCCGAAAGAAAACAGGAUGCGGAAGACCAGACGAAACCUCAACUUCGCCUCACGGUCCGUCUCGCAGUUGAAGGACUGGCUCCCAAAUUGGGCAAGAGGAGGCAACUUCUGGGAAAGAAAGCUGUGAAUAUUCGUCCCUUACAGCACAAUGAGCGACCGGCAUUCAAUAAAUGCACCGUCAACAUCCUCCCUUGCCGCGUCCAUCAUAAUGGGCCAACCAAAGUGACGAAGAGAUAUUGGUCGCCUCAGUUCGAGAAAGAUGGUACGGCAACCUCCUACUUUCGAGGCCGCAGGCUACGGGGCAAAGUCAUAAAAUUACCCGCUGGAUAUCGAGGUACUGUUGCAAAGACCACCGAUCGAUAUCUCCCGCAGCCUUGCAAAUCACAGACCGGGCCCACAUAUACCGUAGUGGACGAAGACAUUGAGAUCGCCGAUGAUGAAGAAGAGCCUCCUGAUCCAGUCAAGGUACUUGAAGAGUCGUCAACCUUCGAAGAAGUUAUAGUUUGGGGUCAUGACAGGGUGCCCACGAACGAAGACAUCUUUGUGAAGGGGAUUGCAGAAUGGAUCUCCUUUGCCGAGGCGAUUCAUGUCAAUCCCACGAAAGACACCCAGCAGAACGAUGCUGAGAAUGAAAAAGAGAAGGAUAAUCGAGACACUUCUACGACGCCGCAUACCUCGACAUCCUAG